GCGCCAAUUCCUUGACUCAUUCUCCCUCCUCUCGUUUUCCGAUCCGUAAUUCUCCUUUCCCGAAUCAACGCCAGGAUAAACAAUCACCUGAUUUCCAUUUCCUCCUCAAUUCAAUCUCCGAUCGCACCACACUCACUACCUCCUCUCCGUCGGAAUACCGUUUCUUUCCUCGCCGUUUCUGAGAGCGAGAGAUGUCGUGGUUGAGGUCAGCCCUUGACAGAGCGGUGGAAGCCGGAGGUAAAAACAACCUGACUCGAACCGUGCGGAGCUACGCCGAAUCGGCUGUCCAACAAGCCGGAUUUGCGGUUGCCGAAGGCGCCAGGCUUCUCCAGGAUCGCAUGGGGGCUAGGAAUUUGCAGAGCAUUAGGCAAACGGUGAAGAGAUUGGAAGAAGUUUCGGUGACGUGUAAAGGAAUGGAGAGAGUUCAGUUGUUGAGAAGAUGGUUGGUUGCGCUUAAGGAAAUCGAAAGAUUAUCAGCGGUUGAUUCAGAUAACAGUACUAAAAAAAAUAAUUAUAUUGAAGAUAAUAAUAAUUCUAAUGCUAAUAACAACGUUCAUAACAAUUCUAAUGACAAAAAUGCCGAUGACCAGUUUUCUUAUGAGGAGUCCAAGGAUUCUCCUAAAAAGCCCACUGUGGUUUAUUAUGUUGACCCUGAUUUUGGGGGUGAGCCUAUGAAUUUCCGGGAGGUUUUUCUUCACAGUCAAGCUCUUGAAGGCAUAACAUUAUCUGUGAUUCUUGAAGCUCCAAAUGAGGAAGAAGUUUCGCUACUUCUAGAAAUAUAUCGGCUCUGUCUUGCGGGAGGAAAGGAAAUUUAUAAUUCUGUAAUGAGUAGCAUACUGAGUCUAGCAUUCGCAUUCUCAGACUACGAGGACGAAGUAUUAGUAAAGCGAGAAGAAUUGCUCCAAUAUGCUCAAGCUGCAAUUGCAGGACUGAAAAUAAAUGCUGAUCUUGCAAGAAUAGAUGCUGAGGUCUGCAAGAUAAAGGAAAAACUUGAAAAAUCGAAGAAAAUUCAGCAGAUUUCAAAUGAAAAUCAUGAAAAAUCUUCUGAAGAACCUGCUGCUGCAUCAACAGAGGCUGUAAAUGAGGCACUUGGACAAGUUGAAUUAUGUUUCAAGUUGGAGCAGCUCUUGCUAAAGAAGAAAUAUUUAAGCAAUGGGGACCCUCCAGAACAUCAUGCUGAGAAGGUCCACAAAUUAAAAGUUUUAUCAGAAUCCCUCAUUAAUUCUACCUCAAAGGCUGAAAAGCGCAUUUUAGACCACAGAUAUCAGAAGGAAGAAGCACUCAACUUUCGUGUUGCUAAAGCCAAUGAAGUUAGCCAGCUUGAGAAGGAACUAGCAGCAGAAAUUAGAGAGCUUGAGCAUCAAAGGGAUGAUCUUGAAGUUCAACUGAAGCAGGUCAAUUCAUCACUUGCGGCUGCUCGUGCCCGCCUACACAAUGCCAGGGAAGAGAGGAAUCACUUUGAUGAUGCCAGUAAUCAGAUCCUUGUACAUCUGAAAGCGAAGGAAGAUGAGCUUGCAAAAUCAGUUAAAUCAUGUAGAGCAGAAGCAGAUGUUGUCACCGCAUGGGUUAAUUUUCUGGAAGAUACCUGGGUUUUCCAGGCCUCACACACAGAGCAAAAGGACAAGCACAUCAAGGAUGAACUGGAGAAAUAUGGAGGGUAUUUUGUGAAUCUAGUCACUCAUCUUCUAUCCUCUUACAAGGAACAAUUGGGACCCUCUAUCUCACGUAUUAGAGAACUUGUGAUAAUGUUGUCCUCAAAUGAAGGGUCAGAGAGAAAAUCCAAGGAUGAGAAGUUGGAAGAUUUGAACUUGAGAAAAAAUCUUGAAGAAGAAUAUAAGGACCUUGAAACCAAGUUUGUGACCACCUUAAGUGUAGUGGAUACCAUGAAAAUGCAGUUUUACUCAACAAAUGUAGCCAUUCAAAGGAAAAAUGAUGAGAAGGCCAGGGAGCUAUUUGAUGUUCUUGAAGAUAUAAAAAUGGAGUUUGAGUCCAUUGAAAGACCAACUUUGGAAAUUGAAACUCCAAGCCAUGCAUCACAGUCGCCAUCCAUUACCAAGUCUCUGAAAACCUCAUGGUCAUCUAAGUCUCUGGGGAAACAGUCCUCAAAGAAGGGAGAAAAGAAAUCCUCAGGAAAGGAAGAAGCAGGGAAAACAAAAUUUGAUCUGGGGUUGGAUGCUGGUGACCAUUCGGAUGAGGAAACAGAAGAGAUUGGCGAUUGGGAGUUUGAUGCAUUUGACAAGGAUCCACAAAUUGCAGCUAGCUAGCAACAUACUUCCCUAUUAAUCGGCUAUAGGCCUCCAUGGUACAUUAAUCUUAAAACAAGGUGGUGCCAUGACAUUCUUAGAGAAGAUAUGUUUGUAUCUUCUCGCUCAGGAGCUUAGAAGCAACAUGCAAAGCAUCAGUAUCAGUCCCCCCACAACAAUUUCAAAUGCCGAAUUCAAUUUUUUGGUGUAAAUUCUCCCAUUUUUUCCUGAUGAAAUGUAGGGAUAUACCUCAUUACACAAAUACAACGCUCUGUAUAAUUCCUGUUUAACUUUCGUUCUGCUUCAUUGCCUUCAAUCUGUCUGUCCAUGGAAGCUCAGUUGCUGGGAAAUCUUAUUGAACUCCUUCCUUUGAAUGAAAUGUUCCACUUGGGGUCCAUCACAAGUGGGACCAUGAGGUCCAUUCUUCUAAAAGUAGCCCUCAAGGACUGUUGGGUCCCUGGGUAUCAACCAAUAUGUGUCUGUCUUGACAGGGUUAUAUAUCCUAACAUGGAGCCAUGGAAGACAGGAUGCAAGUGCUGGAUCCCCUGGUCUGUACUGGGAUAUUGCUUCUGCUCACCCCAAGAUUGGUCUGUUGAGUAUUCAGUUAACUAAAGCCGCUAUUUUCCCAGGAUGUGCUGCCUUUGAAAAAGGCCCCGGAAGGUAAAGUUUAUGAGGAAGUCAGGGGUUUUCGACAACUAAACACACUCAACAGCACAAUCUUGGAUUCAUGUGGUCAACACUUUCUGGAGGCAACCAAAACUUUCCCUGGAAGGCUGCAACCAAACAAGCGAGAAGUUUGUGGAUGUGCAGCAAAACAACAGAUCUGCUGCGUAUUGUAUUUGUCUACCUACAUAUAUAUAUUAUAGUCCAACAAUGGUGUAUUCUCUUGUGGCCAGUAAAACCAUAAUCUAAUG